GUUGAAUUACCAUACGAUACAGCAACCAUCGUCACUUCCAUAUUUCUUUUGCUUAAAGCUCGUUAUCUCUCCAUUAAUGGCAGUCGCGACUUCUUUUGACCGUUCGUUAACUGCGUCCAUUAACACCUACGGGAGAGCUCAGCGUAUAAUUGGUUUCGCCCCAACAUGCAAAAACCUUUUUGCUUUCUCUCAUCCAUCGCCCUGUUCCUCCAAGCUUCGUCCCUUGAUUUUCCAUGUUAACUCCUCUGGUUGCUCUUCUCCGAUCCUGGAAGAAACGACGUCAACAGAGUUAACCACCAUGGAUUUGGAGCUCCAUUUUCAAGAGCCAGGACGGUUUUCAGCAGCAGAUGAGGAUGAUUUGAACCAAGUUCUAUGUGGGUUGUUGCAGGAUCCUCAAAAUGGACGACAGGGACUCGAGUUCUUCGAGAAAGCAAAAGAAAGGCCAGAGUUCAGACCAGAAAAAUCGACACUAAAGCAUUUGAUCAGAUACUUGGUGCGAGCAAAGAAAUGGGAUACAAUUUUAUAUCUUUCUGAGGAUUUUAAGAAUUGGAACGUGUUGCCUGAUGCUAAUACUUGUUCAAGAUUGGUUAGUAGUUGCAUUAGAGCUAGGAAAUUCAGAGUUGUGCAGAGUCUACUUCAAGUUUUUGAAUCAGAUGACACCACAGUUGUCUUCGCAUUUGAUUCUGCCAUGAGAGGCUACAACAAAUUGCACAUGUUCAGGAGCACAAUCUUGGUUUUCGAGAAGAUGAUAUCUGCUGGAAUUGUUCCAAACCCGGGAUGUUAUUGCCAGAUACUGGAAGCAUACCAGAAAAUUGGCGAUACAGAGAAGGUGGUAGGUUUAUUUCAUGAGCUUGAGAGCAGGAAACUCGUUUUGACCCCAUUUUCAACUGAUAUAUACAGAAUCUUAUGUGAGUCCUUGGCCAAAUCAGGUCGAGCUUUUGAAGCUCUUGAGUACUUUAGAGACAUGGGAAGGAAAGGGAUUUUGGAGGAUUCUUCAAUUUACUCUUGUUUGAUAUGCUCUUUUGCUAACAUCAGAGAAGUAAAGGUAGCUGAACAGCUUUUCAAAGAAGCAGAAGAGAAGAGGCUGUUGAGGGACCCUGAAACAUUUCUCAAGACUGUGUUGAUGUAUGUUGAAGAAGGGUUGGUGGAGAAAACUCUUGAAGUUGUUAAUGCCAUGAAGAAUCUGAACAUAAAGGUUUCUGAUUGCAUCUUAUGUGCAAUUGUUAAUGGCUUCUCUAAAAGAAGAGGGUAUCAAGCCGCAAUUAGGGUAUAUGAGGAGUUGACCUCACAAGGUUGUAAACCUGGACAAGUGACCUAUACUUGCAUAAUCAAUGUCUAUUUCCGUCUUGGUCUGUACCAAAAAGCUGAAAUGUUAUUCUUAGAAAUGGAGCAAAAGGGGUUUGAUAAAUGUGUAGUGGCUUACUCCAGCAUGGUGGCCAUGUAUGGGAAAGUAGGGAGGGUAAGAGAUGCAAUGAAGCUUGUAGCCAAAAUGAAGCAAAAAGGGUGUCAACCAAAUGUAUGGAUCUACAAUUCUUUGAUUGAUAUGCAAGGAAGGGCCAAGAACUUGAGGCAAGUUGAGAAGAUAUGGAAGGAAAUGAAGAGAAGAAAAGUUGCUCCUGAUAAGGUUACUUACACAAGUGUGAUAAGUGCAUACAAUAAGGCAAGGGAAUUUGAUGUGUGUGUGAGUUAUUACUAUGAGUUUAGAUGGAAUGGAGGUGUAAUUGAUAGGGCGAUGGCAGGAAUCAUGGUGGGUGUUUUUUCAAAGACGAGUCGAGUGGAUGAGUUGGUGAUGCUUUUGCAGGACAUGAAAUGUGAAGGAACCCAGAUGGAUGGGAGGCUGUAUUAUUCUGCUUUGAAUGCUUUGAGAGAUGCUGGGCUGCAAGUGCAGGUCAAAUGGUUGCAAAAUAAUUUCAAAGCAAUAUAGACUCCUCAUCCUCUGCUUUGGCUGUCAAUAUUUGAUUGUAGACAAGAGAAAUGCUACAUGUUUUUUUUUUUCUUACAGGAAAUGGAAGAGAAGCAACAAAUUAAUUAACCUCCAAAUUCUUCUUUUCUAUUAUUCAAUUGAAGGUGCUGCCAUUAAAAUCUUACUUGUGUUGCCAGCACUUGAUUAAACCGAAAGAUAUAAUGUAGUAAAGAGUUCAACAAUGGAUUGUGCUGUGACUUUAGUUUUGUGGA